AGUUUACUAAGCCAAGCCAUUACUAGAAUACCUUUGUGGACUAUCACAGGGACGUGGGAGGAUGGCCAGCACCACCAGUUCCACCUCAGAUGGGGAUAAGCAAAAACUCAACACUCUCCAGGCUUCUGUAGCCCCUCAGCAGGGAAUGGAACCAGAGCGCUCAGGAAAGGAAAGUGACCAUGGGGAAAAAGUAAAAAUGCCAGCACAAGGCAAAGUGGAGGAUCAGAUCAACGAUGAGCACCUCCGUCGCAUCGAGCGCAUGUUCAGAGAGGCAGACGUGGAUGGUGGAGGGGGGUUGAGCAUUGCGCAAUUCCGUGAUGCAAUGAAGAAGGUCAUGGGCGAUGUUGAUGAUGAGAAUUUGGAUAUUAUUUUUAUGAAGGUUGACGCCAACUGUGAUGGCAGUGUGGACUGGGAUGAAUAUCUGAACUACAUGCUUCUAGAGUACAGAGUGAAACACUCACUGCAGAAGAAAACUAGGCCACUCUAUUUCCCCAAACCACUUAAGAUUUUACAAACUGGACAUUGUGAGAUUAUAGUCAGCUUGCAGUUCCACUCCUUCCUACCCCCUGUGGGGGAGAAGAAGGGUGACUCUGGGGAGCAAGAAAGGUUCUCAGGGGGCAUGUCGGGUCGCACUCAUGGAGGACGCUACAUAUCAGUUAGCCACGAUGGAAUCCUGAUCUUUUGGAGCGAGAGGUUCAAGAUACAGCGCACCAUCCAUAUUGGGCAGAUGCCGCACACGAUUGGACAGCCUGUUUGGGUUUCAGAUAUGGUCUGUCUGAGCAACAUUAACAUGCUCUCCAUCUCCUCCACUGGUCGAGAUGUAGAAUUCUAUGACAUCAGUGCCAAUAAGUGUGACAUAGUCUUCUCCCUGUCGGAGCUAGAGGCCAACGUGAUCGUAAUGGACUACUGGACAGAUGGCAGGAAAGCUAUUUUCUGCAUAGGCGUUACCAGUGGCGCCAUAUUUAUUUUUAUCUCCUCCGAUGUGGUGCAGAAUGGCCUCUUCGACAGCACCGCCUUCAAGACAGGAUGCAAUUACCGGAUUCCAGUCACAGCACUGCUCAAAAACACCUCUAGUUUAUUUCUCUGCUGUAGAGUUCCCAUUCAUAACGAUUGGGUCUACCAGAUGCGCUACAUCCCGGAGUUGAACUGUAUUGCCACCUGCUGUGCAGCAAACCAAGCUGCCAUGAUACUGACAACUCUGCCUCACUCUUUCAAGUGUAAAGUCCAAACUGCACACUUUCACCAGAAGAAGGGCAUACAAUGCUUCGACUACUCACCUGACCUCAACAUACUGGUGACGGGAGGUUUUGAUAGGGUGGUGAGAGUCUGGAACCCCUACCUCACCAAUAAGGCCACAUCCCACAUGAAGGGUCAUGCUGCUGGCAUCACUCACAUUGCUGUCAACGGCAAAGACAACCAGAUCAUUAGUGUGUCCAAGGACAAGAAUGUGCGUGUCUGGGACCUGCUGGACUGUACCUGCGUCCAGAACAUCCAUUCCAGAAAUGUCAAUUUGGGCCGCUCUUCCAUCUCCAGAAUCUACUACAACCACACCAGUAACACCAUGGUCUCUAUGUGUAUUGUUGCGUCUUGUUGUGUAUGUGUGGUGCAGGUUGGGGUUUUGCAAGGGACCAUAGAUGAGGUGGACAGUUCCCAACCCAAAACAGUAACAUCACAUGAACAGCCACUCUGUGCUGCACUCUACAACCCCAAUUUCAAACAGGUGGUGAGUGGCUGCCAUGCAGGGGUGGUGAGUGUGUGGGACAUCCAGACAGGAGAGAAGGUAAUGCAGUUCCAGACAAUCCCUGAGCGGCCAGCAGAGAUCACUGCGAUGGCUUUUGAUGAAUUCAAACGCCGCCUUAUCACAGGCUCAAACAAUGGUACCAUACGCCUCUGGAACUUCAACAAUGGAGCUCUACUCUCUGAAAUUUCCCUGGUGGAUGAUCAGGAGGUCACAGGGAUUAUAUACAUCAAUGAGAGGAUCUAUGUGUCAGGCUGGGGGAAAAAAGUCAUGUGGUAUCUUGAUGCCAAAGAGGAGGAUGAGAUAGAGUACCGUGUGUGGAAUCAGUACCACUCUGAGGACAUCUACUCCAUGCAUGCCCACAGCAGCAAGAUGCUGGUGACCGCCUCCUACAGUGGUGACAUCAUCGUCUGGAACAUCGAUUCGGGUCAAGCCUUUUGCCGCUUCAACGCAAGCGAAAGCCCGUUGCCAUUAAUACCCAUACGGGUGAGGGACAAAGCGAGACAAGGGUCAGUUCUGAGGCCAAAUGCUUGCGUGGAUGAGUCUGAGAAGGAAUCUGAGGAUGAGGAUGAAGACGAUGUGUGGUUACGCUCCAUAUCUGUCUUCCUGAAAGCCAUGAGUCAGUCUGUCGACCCUCAGGUUCGACAACUCACCACUGAAACCACCCCCACCAGCAUCUUAGAGGGACGCAGAGGUAGCAUUCAAAUUCCAGUCUCAGCCUGCCUGCCCCAAGCCCCCUUGGUUAGAGAAGCACGGAUGACGAGAAGGGGUGCACUGGCACACAAAUGCAAGACCAAGAAACCCAAAAUCAACAACAUGGAGGAGCUGAACAAGCCUUGUUUUGCAGUGGAGAAGGCACUGUUCCUGUCCACCCGAGAGCGCAGCCCUGACACUGCAGUUCUGCUCACUAGCUCAGCAGACGGCUAUAUCUACGCCUGGUCUGUAUACCUUAGUGGGGGGCUACUGGCAAAAUUCCGUGCAAGACACAAAGAGGGCUCGAUCGUCACUGCCAUGUCCACUGAUAGCCAGAAUCAGAUCCUGCUCUCUGGGCACAGCAACGGGUACAUCAUGGUGUGGGACAUUGAAAAGUACUGUUACCGUAUGUGGAGCGAGAAAAGCGAGGAGAAACCAGCAAAGGAGAGCACUUUGCGUCUGCCGGACCUCAUACCCCACUACUGUAGAGUACAGGACCCACCAAGAGUGGUGCUGGGGCAGGAGAAAGAGAUUCACAAGGGCUGGACUGUGUCCUUGAUGUGCCCUGCCCUCCUGAGUUCCUGGCGCGGCCAUCUGAAGAGCAUUGUGCACCUGGAGUAUGUGGAACGCUUUCGCCUCAUUGUCACUGCCAGCCUUGACUGCAACGUCCGUCUAUGGACAAUUGCUGGAAAAUAUAUUGGUACAUUUGGUCAGGGAAUGUGGUGUGUUGGUGAUCCAAGUGCCAUUCCCAGGGAGCUGCCUGCGGACCUGAAGAAGGCUGGAUCCUGCCAGACACUGAAAGUCCUUAAUGAGGGGAGAUACCCUCACUGGAAUUGUGCCAAACGCAUUGUGGAGAACCUGAGAGCUCAGAAAAGGCACCAGUCAGACAUAACCAAGUUUGGCGAGGCCACCACUCUGACAGAACUGGUCGCUGCAGAUCCACGUAUUGUUAAGUACACAGAUGAACAGGUAGAGAACACAUGGACAAUGUGGCAGGAGAAGGGCAAACAGACUAGCAGUAUCUUAGGACAGGCAUACAAACAGAAGGUUAGACAUCAUCUGCCAUCCUGCCCCCCGGAUCUUCAGACACCCCACAACAGCCAUGAGCAGCUUAGGGUAUACAACUGCAUGCCCUACUCCAGUCUGCUGCCUAUCAUCCAGCCCCCCGUCCCAGAGCUUCUGAGGGACAGCCAUCUCAGGGCCCAGGAGGGACCAGAGACAACCAAGCAAAAGAAGCCUGCCAAGCGCAGGCCCCACACACGCUACAUGGCUGUCCUGCCCAGGCCAGGCCUCAAACGCUCCCAAACCAGCAAGCCUGCUUGAGAGAAUCCUGCCCAGGAGAAUGUAGACAUACAGUCUAUACAACACAAAUACAUCACAUGUUCUGCAACAAACUGAGUAUGGUUUAUUUAUAUUUUAGAACAUCCCUGCUUAUGCUGAUCAAGGUGACAAAAAACAGCAUUCUCAGAGAUAAUAAUUUAGAAAAAUCCCAGUUUUCCCCUUUUUAUAGUUUUUCUAACUUUGUCCUCUGUGAGAAAGAAGUGUAAUCUCAGGAAUUUCAGUUUCUGUUGCAGACAUUUAUUGAGCCCAUGGUAGUAUAAUUAACAGUGCAAUAUGAAUCAGGUCAAAUAUCUACUAUUUGUUUCCCUUCACAAGAAAACAAAACGAAUGUGUUAAUUCAUUUAAUUAAGUCACUUAGUAGUUGGUGGUUUUUCCCAAGGUUUCAGUCUUCUCACCAUCUGAGAGGGAGUGGGAGAUUCAUUGCUUGGUUUUAUGUCAACCUUUGACAGGCCAGGGAUUUCCUCGCCUGCUUCGAUUAGUCGCAUCACUUCUGCGAAUGAGAGGGGUUCUGCAUUCGUAGUCCUAUCAGUGGAACUUCCAGUUCCAGUGUUGCUACAAUUUGAGUCUGUAAUUGAUUCAUGGUUCGAUUUCUGCACCUGUUGUUGCACAGUGUCCCCUGUGAAGGAUGACAGUUUUUCUGUCACAGAGAAACGUCGUCUCCACUCUUUGUACCCCUCCGAAUCGAUAGGUUCAACGAACCUGAAGGAGAAUUAAAAUAAAGACCACAUCGUCGAUAAUCAAAUUUGAUCAUGUA